AUGAAUGAUCCUCGUGAAGUUUUUGAAAAUGAUUUGUUUGAUAAUAUUUCACCAGAUGAAGAUGAGGAGUUAGAACUGCAAAAGCAAAUAGAGCUGAUAGAACGCCAGAAACGUGAUCUUCAAGAAAGGCUGGAGUACAAAAGGAAAGUUAGUCGUGCUGUGGAUCCAAAUUUCAUCUCGACAGAAGGAAAUGUAGAUGCUACGAGUGAGUCGAGAAUCCAGGUCCCAGGUUCUCCAGAAAAGAUAAAAAGAAAACAUACACAGUUGGCUGCCACACCCGUUACUAAGAAAAAUACAGGAAUACAGGAUAAUCCUAAUGAGCUCAAGCUGAAAAAUCAAAUAGAACCCGCAAGUGUUCCAGCAGGGUCUACAGCAUAUUUUAUGAACAAUUUUGCUUCUUCAAAAAAAGUUGAGGCUCAAAAGAUUCAAGACUAUGAGACCUUAAUGAGUGCUAGAGUUCAUUCAUUUGGUAACUAUACUAAUUUACAAAAAGAAAGUCAAAUAAUAAAUGUAGAGGAAAAGGAAAAAUACUCAGGAUUAUGGAUCAGUAGACGGUAUUUGAAGGAAGAAACUAUUGACCAACUUUUACAAGAUAUAAAAAUUCUUCGACUGAAUAAGUUGUUUGCUAAGAUAAGGCCACCAAAAUUUGAAUCACCCCAAUAUUCCAAUUGGGUCGCUGUCGGUGUUAUUACAGAAAAGAGUGGCUUUAAGCUAACGUCAUCAAACACUCCUAGGAAAUAUUUUAAAUUUACCAUUGGUGAUUUCCAACAAAAUAUAUCAAUCUUUGUAUUCAAUCGAGAAGCUAUUGCCAAAUAUUAUAACCUACGUGUUGGGGAUAUCAUUUGUAUACUAAAUCCGGUCAUUGCACCAUGGAGACCAUCUGAAGAAAAUGGAUAUAUUAAAUCAUUUAAUUUAUCUAUUCAAACCAAAUAUGAUUGUAUUAUAGAGAUCGGUAAAAGUCGAGAUCUAGGCUGGUGCAACGUUCCUGUUAAGAGUAAGGGUGGAAAACCGUGUGGUACUCCAAUUAAUAAAACCAAAGAUAAAUGCUGUGAGUUUCAUAGAGAAACUGAAUUUAGAAAUGCGGCUGCUAAAAGAAUAGAAUUAAAUGGUUCAUUUGCACUGGGUGCACCAACAAAAGCAGACACAAAUCCAUCAUUAUAUAAGAAGAAGACCAAUAACAUAUAUUCAAAAAAUCAAUUUAAUGUUGUUCGAAGGAGAAAUGCUCGUAAAGAAGGGGAUUCUAAAUUGCACAAUAGUAAUUUUAGAAGCACAAAUAUUGCUAAAGCCUUUUUUAAUGAUGAAUUUCAAAACCCGGAUAUUAUUAGCAAUUUAGAUAGCAAACGACGUAAGUUAAAAGACGCAAAAAGAGAUUCAGAACUAAUUAAAGAACUAAAUAAGACAUUAACUAAAGAGGAUAAUGUAAGCAAGAAUUUAGAGGGAAAAUCUAAGGAAGAUGUAAAAGAAAUGAGAAAUAUUACAGAAAAUAUUAUGCAAAUUGGUAUGCUAAAAAACAUAGGUUACGACCCAACUCAUGGUAAGAUGAAAUAUUUAAUGAAAAAGAGUAACGGAAAAGAUCCUUCAUAUACAAGUAAUAGAAGUAAUGCAGUAAACGAUUUAUUACAUUUUAAAAAAGAUAAAGUUAAUUUAAAGCCAUUGAAAAGUGAUUUACUUAUGAAAAAAAGAAAAAGGGAUGAAAUUUGGAACGAAUAUUUUGGAGACCAAUCCAAAAGUAAUAGGGACAUCAUAUUGAGUAGUGGUGAUGAUAGUGAUUUAGAAAUUGUCUAA